AUGACAAUCCCACGCUUGGAAUUAUCUGCCGCAUGGUUGCUAACACAACUGAUACUUCAUGUUAAAGAAGUUCAGUCGCUUGAACAUGUCAGGAUCAAUCUCUGGACUGACUCCGCUGUGACUCUAGCAUGGAUUAAAAGUCCAGCAAUCCGCUGGAAGACAUUCGUCCGCAAUAGAGUGGGAAAAAUCCAAGAAACGCUUCGAGAUGUCUCCUGGAAAUUUAUUCCAGGAAAACAAAACCCCGCUGACUGCGCUUCAAGAGGUAUACCUACGCUAAAACUGAAACAACACGCUCUCUGGUGGCAUGGACCAACUUGGCUUCAUGAACCAGAAUCCUCUUGGCCCACUCUGGAGCCUCCAACCGACAAUGCAACGCAUCGAGAAGAACGCCAAGGUCUGACACUAGUAACUUGGAAAGCAGAAAAUUGCCUGCUCCAACAAUUACUGUCGCAUUACACGCAGCUGUUUCCACUGCUACGGAAACUCAGCAUCUGGCAUCGUGCCAUCGACCGCUUUAAAAGAGUUCCACAAUCUUCGCUGGCCUACCCGCUUACUCCAUCAGACCUGGAGCGCGCUAAAUUGACCUUGAUAAAGUUCACUCAAGGACAAUACUUCGCUAGAGAGAUUCACACGCUACAAGAUGGUGAUGGUCUGCCUAAAAAUAACAGCAUCACUAAGCUGACUCCGUUCAUCGACCAUCAGGGGGUCCUGAGAGUCGGUGGCCGCUUGAAAAAUGGAUUGCUGGACCCAGAAGAGAGGCAUCCAGCGAUUCUACCGCGACAAUCACCGCUUACAUCAAUUUUGAUUGAUGAUUCGCACCGCAAAACGCUUCACGGAGGUACUCAGCUUACGCUCGCUGAUUUACGCAAGAGUGUCUAG